UGUUGAGAAAUAGAGUUUGUCCAAAUGGUGGAGGCUCGCAGCCCUCAGUGUACGAGCUCCUGCCUGCCCGAGGUCAUGCUGGCACAGCACAGUCCAGUCCCGUGAGAGCCCAUUUCUGUAUAGUCCAUUUGAAACUGGGUCAUCUGGCUUCAAUAGGGCCUUUCCAGAAGGAUGUAGAGGCUCGACAUAAAUGUAACAGCAACACCGAGAGUCAUUGAAUAGAAUCAUUACGGUUGGAAAUGAUCUUCAGGGUCAUCUGGUCCAACCAUCGCCCUACCACCAAUGUCACCCACUAAACCAUGUCCCCAGGGCAGCACGUUCAACGACACCACCACAUCCCUGGGCAACCCAUCCCAGUGCCUGACUGCUCUUUCUGAGAAGAAAUUUCUCCUCAUUUCCAACCUGAACCUCCCCUGGUGCAACUUGAGGCCAUUCCCUCUAGUCCUAUCACUGGUUAUCUGUGAGAAGAGGUCAAGCCCCAAUGCUGUGCUGAAACUUGGAAUCCCAUGCUAAUAAUGCACAUGAAGAAGCAAACUGUCCAGUGUUUGCAUUGUGAAAUACAGAAGUGUAUUUACUUAUUAAGACAUUGAAAGCCUUGGUUAAUACAAUCAUAACUAUAAAACCGGGCAGAGAGAUCAGUAAGGAUUUUAGUUACCUCAUUAUCAAGUGAGGAAAUGUUUAUGGAAACUUCUGUCACUACUACUAGCGGUUAAGCUUCUACCAGCACCAUUUGAAGUUCGGUGCCAUAGACACAAAUUUUCUUCCAUCUUCAGUCUUGUACAGGUUGAAGAUACUGUGACUUAUGUGGAACUGCAUUAGCAAAGAGUUGCUGUUUAGGUUGUAACCAUUUUCACAUGCUCAAUUAUAUUGAAAAGGUUUGGGAUGCUCAUCUGGGAAGCUAAUAGCAGAGUUGAUUUUUUUUUUUCUUUCUUGCUAGAGGACCCGUGAUGAGCUGGUACGAUCUACUAGUUUUAUAGCUUAGCCUUCACAGUUCUGAGUUUCUGACAAGUGUCCGCAGCCUCAGUGCAAAUUGUCUGUUCCUUCCAUUUUAGUGUAGUGUCAGUACUAUUCAGAGCUUGUGCUGUUGGCAUAGUAUCAACAAACACCUGCAGCCAAUUUGCAUUAGGGCUGCCAACAUCACUAGUUUGUAGCAGUUAUCUAACUGAGGAACUGGGAGACAGAUCUAAGUAAUGUUUUAGUGUCAACAUGGCUGAUGUGUGAUACCGUAAGGAAGAAACUGCAUUGCAUCCCUUAUUCUCAAACUUCUCUGACUAAAAGAUUUGUGAACCCCAAAAUGAAAGGAAAACGGAAGCAAACUGUUUUUGAAUCUUUAGCUCCCCUGGAAGAAGAAUAUUUCAGCGAAUCAACAAAAACUAAGCGACUGCCAUUCAGACCUAGUAGGGCAAAGAUAAAAUAUGCUAAUACAUACAGACUAGAGCCAUAUCAUAAAUUUCAGGAUUAUUUAGUGAGAGACAAAGCUCAAGCAAUACUAACGAAGAAACUUCAACAAGGCAAAUACGAUGCAGUUUCUAGUCCCUCCUUGUGUGCUUCAAUCUCUGAAGAGAUAUUAACAGCUACGAAGAAAAUGGGCUUUGACCGUUAUAAGUAUGUGGUAUCAGUGCUAAUUGUGGAAAAGGCAGGUCAAGCAAUACAUGUUGCCAGCAGAUGGGUCUGGGAUGUUCAAAGAGACAGUUGGGUCUCAGCUAAAUAUGAAACGGAAACGUUUAUAGCACUGGCUUUGGUAAUGGCUUGCUAUUAUGAGUAAUGCUCUAAAAAGCACACCUAUUUUUGUGCAUCACAGGACUCGGUAUAUUUGAAAAUUUUCAGAACAUCGGUCUACCAACAGCGUUUGCCCAAAACCUGGCACUGAAAUAUAGAAGCUGACAUAUAGUUGGGAUAAUUUUGCUCGCUUUUCUUUGUAAAAAUAACUUCUGAAAUGUGUGUGGUUAAGUACGUGUGGGCUUCAUCUGUCAUAAUGCUCUGAAGCAGCUGGUGUAACGCCAGACUUGGUACCAUUUUGAAUGUUGUGUGUUGCACGCCCAGAGCUGUUAACGAAUGCUUGCAAUAAAUUGUAGGUGUCUGUUUUCUUAAAAGUGUGCUUUU